AUGCGUGCUGCCGCUUUCGUCGCUAUCUUCGCUGCCACCGCCAUGGCCCAGACCGGCGGUCACGCCUCUCCCACCAACGGCACCAGCGUCACCAGCACUGGCAAGCCCACCUCUGCUCCCACCAACGGCGCCAACUCCCUGAGCCAGAACGUCCUCCUCGGCGUCGACACUGAAGUCGCCGGCAAUGUCGCCUUUUCUUUUUACUGA